GGCCGAUGUGGGUGUGACGCGCAUUCUGGAGCUGUGGCGUCUUCACUGAGUUGCUCUGUUUAUUGAACCGCUCCCCUAAAUCUGACAGUUUGAGCUUCCCGUUCAGUCGUGCUUUUGAAACCGCAAAACUUUUUUACCUUCACCGGAAGAUCUGAGGCUUUGGGACGUGGAGGAGGGUUUUUUUUUUUUUUUAUCUGGAGGAUCUACACACCCUGUCGGGUCAUGGCGGACAUCAACAAAGGCAAGAAGGUGUUUACCCAGAAAUGUUCCCAGUGCCACACCGUGACGCAGGAGGGACGCCACAAGGUGGGACCCAACCUGUGGGGUCUGUUUGGAAGAAAGACGGGACAGGCGCCUGGCUUCUCCUACACACAGGCCAACAUCAAUAAAGGCAUCACGUGGGAUGAGGAAACGCUGGAUGUCUACCUUCAAAAUCCUAAGAAGUACAUUCCUGGUACCAAGAUGGUCUUCAACGGCCUCAAAAAGAAAAAGGAAAGACUGGAUAUUAUAGCUUAUUUAAAGGACGCCACCUCCUAAUGUACUGAAAACACAAAACACUCAAAGGUAUUGCACUGUACAUUCAGGGGGAAAACAAUGUGUUCUUUGAUUUCAUUUUGCAUUCACAACAGUUAUAAAAUAGGCUACUAGAUUGCUGCCACACUGUUUCUGUGUGUAGGAGAAUGUUUUUAAUUAUCUUCAAGGGUUUUACAGAUAUGUCUCAGCUGAGUCUUCUUAAAGAGGCAGCUCUCGAUUUACAGUUUAUUUCACCGAUUCUACAGAAACUAUUUUAUUAUGUUAUCCACUUCUGAUGUGUAGUGUUACAGUCUGUAGUGGUGCUGGACUGUCCAUUGAAUGGUCUCAAGCAGGUGGGGGGAAAUGCGUUUAGUUGCACUUUAAAUUGAGUUUUAAAAUUAUGAUUUCUCCACAUGAAUAAAUAAUAACAAUGUCAAA